GGGCGGGAGGCAGCCAUGUCGCUAUUGUCUCGGGCGCUGCCCGCGCUGCGGCUCUAUUGCAUCGGCCUCGCCGUCGCCCUGCACCAGCUGCUGCGCCGCCUCCGCCCCGGCGGGGCCCCCGCGCCAGUUUUCCCUACACAAAAUGGAAAUGUUGCCAUAGUGACUGGAGGUGCUAAAGGAAUUGGUUAUCAUACUGUGAAGCAUUUGGCAAGACUUGGCAUGCACGUUAUAAUAGCUGGAAACGAUGAAAGUGAAGGCCAAGAAGCAGUGAGGAAAAUAAAAGAAGAAACUGUGAAUGAAAAAGGUGGGGUCAGUGUGUUUCUCUUUUCCUUGGGGAAUGUUCUGGUACCACUUGAUAUCGGGAUGUGUUUGCUGGAGUUUUUACACUGUGAUUUGGCUUCAAUGAAGUCCAUACGGCAAUUUGUGCAACAGUUUAGAGCAAAGAAUUGUCCACUCCACGUCCUGGUGAAUAAUGCGGGGGUGAUGCUGGUCCCUGAAAGGAAAACAGAGGAUGGAUUUGAGGAGCACUUUGGGUUGAACUACUUGGGACAUUUCCUGUUGACUAACCUUCUCUUGGAAACACUGAAGCAAUCAGGAACUCGCAGUCACAAUGCUAGAGUCAUCACCGUCUCGUCAGCCACCCAUUAUGUAGGGAGAUUGCAUCUUAAUGAUUUACAAAGCAGAUGUUCUUAUUCACCCCAUGGAGCCUAUGCCCAAAGCAAACUUGCCCUUGUAUUGUUUACCUAUCGUCUACAGCAUCUCAUAACAGCAGAUGGGAGCCAUGUGACAGCUAAUGUAGUAGACCCUGGAGUAGUGAACACUGAGCUCUACAAAAAUGUCUGUUGGGCUACAAAAGUGGUCAAGUGGAUGACAGCCUGGCUAUGUUUCAAGGUUUUCCACAGGACGUGCACAUACUGUACCAGCCUCCACAUCAGUAUACCACUUCAGCUAUGACUCCUGUCACUAUUCAAAAACAGGACUUCUGAAAAACAACUCUGUGCAGACCACAUUUUGUGGAGCACUCUGCGUUUGGGCAGGAAAAUUGAAGUUGUUCCUCUCCCAUGUUCUUGCUCUGCAUUUGCUGCUCCCCCAUCUGCCUACUAGUCAGUCCUGUGGAGAAGACUGCAGCCUGCCCCAACAUGGCAGUACCGUUUUUCUCAUCCUUAGCACACAGAAGUAGCAAGGAGUGUGUGUGCGGGUGGGCGGUGGGGAGAGAAGGGAGGAAGUACCACAGAAGAGACUGAGGAAAGCAGCCAAGUAGUGGGAAGAAAAAGUCCUGGGGUAAAUGUUUCAUUAUUCCGGCUUUUAGCUAGUUGAUGAUUUGGCUGAUAAUGAUUUUGAAAUUAAUGGACAGUCAGUAUUCUAUUUUAUUUUAAUUGAUAAGAAAACAAAAACAACUACAAUGGUUGCCCUUAAAAUGUUACUACCAGUUAGAAACAUGCUUCCUGUGUUAUACACAUAAAAGGGAAUAAAUUGGAGGUUCCGAAAAGAGCUACACAAACGACUGGAAGGCUUGAAAACCUGCUUGUUGUCAGAAGCGUAAGAAGCCCAAUCUACUUAGCUUACCAAAAAGAAGGCUAAGACGUGACUUGAUCACAGUCUACGAGUACCUAGAUGUGCAGAAGAUCUCUGAUGGUAAUGAACUCUUUAAUCAAGCAGAAAAAAGGCAGAAAAAGCUCAAUUCAGGCAAAAAAAUAAGGCACAGAUUUUUAAUAGUGAUGGUAAUUAACCAUUGGAACAACUUACCAAAGAAUGUGGUGGAUUCUCUAUUACUUAAAGCAUUUUUGGAUGUCUUUCUAAAAGAUGCACUGUAGCCCAACCAGUUAUGGGAUUAAUGCAGGAAUUGCUGGGUGAAAUUCUGUGGCUUGCAUUGUACAGAAGAUCAGACUAGAUCGAUGGAUCCUUUAGGCCUUAAAACGUAUGAAUGUAUAAAUCUAUCAAUAAUGAUAGAAAUCAGGGGGAAAUGAAUGAGGUAGAAGAAACUUGCAAAAUGUACAUCCUUUUCAGCGGCCCAGUGUCACAUAGCAAGUUAUGCAGCAAGGUCCCCCAAUUUGCUAAAAUUAUUCUAAAAAUGCACUACAGGGAGAAAAUAUACAAACACAAAUGUGUUUUAUUUAUUAGCACUGAAACAAAGGACUACCGUUCCUCCAGGCUUUAGGAGCUACACAGGAGAGGAGACCUUUCAGAUUGUGUGGCUAGUUGGAGGAAUGAAUUUUUUAAUAGAUUUUAUAGAGCAAAGAUAACUAUUUAUGUGGUAUCUUUGCAAAACAUAUACAUUAAGGUGCCAUUAAUGUCGCCACAAAAUUUCAUUACGCAUGGGAAGUAGGCUGGCUGAAAAAUGUAAAAUGAAACAUUUUCCCAUAAUAAAAUGUUUUCACUGGAAAA